AUGGCCGAAUCUGAGCUCGCGCCCAAGUUUGCGCCCUUCAUUGGGAUGGCCGGUAUCGCCGCCGCCAUGGUCUUCGGAUGUCUCGGUGCUGCUUAUGGUACCGCCAAGUCAGGAAUCGGUAUCGCCGGUGUUGGUACAUUUCGACCUGAUCUGAUCAUGAAGUGUCUGAUCCCCGUGGUCAUGUCGGGUAUCAUCGCCGUGUACUCGCUUGUCAUAUCCGUCCUCAUCGCUCAGGAUCUGUCUCCCCCGUCGCAACAGAAAUAUGACCUUUUCACAUCCUUCAUGCAUCUCGCAUGUGGCAUUGCCGUCGGCAUGACUGGCCUCGCCGCUGGCUACUGCAUUGGCAUUGUCGGUGACACUGGUGUCCGAGCCUUUAUGCAACAGUCCCGCAUCUUUGUGGGCAUGGUUUUGAUUCUCAUUUUCGGCGAAGUUCUUGGUCUCUACGGACUGAUUGUUGCUCUUAUCCUCAACACCAAGAGCAAGGGUUAA